GCUCGAACCGCAAACCCCCGCACACGGUGCUCUUUGUCCCAGAAGCCCAUUGUGCACAGCGGAGGAAACCCUGUGCCGCGAGCAGCCAUCUUGGAAAGACAGAUCAGACUUGAGCCAGGAUAACCUGCAGACCUCCUCUGAGCAGCUCAACUACUCCCAGCUCCAAAAGACUCCAUUCCCGAGCCACAAUGGCCACCGCACCGUAUAACUACUCCUACAUUUUCAAAUACAUCAUUAUUGGGGACAUGGGGGUAGGGAAGUCAUGUUUGCUCCACCAGUUCACAGAAAAGAAAUAUACAACCACCUCAGCAGCUGGUUGACUGACGCCAGAAACCUCACCAACCCAAACACUGUGAUCAUUCUCAUAGGCAACAAAGCAGAUCUGGAGGCCCAGAGGGACGUCACAUACGAGGAGGCGAAGCAAUUUGCUGAGGAGAACGGUCUGUUGUUUCUCGAAGCGAGUGCGAAAACAGGUGAAAACGUGGAGGACGCCUUCCUGGAAGCUGCAAAGAAGAUCUACCAGAACAUCCAAGAUGGCAGCCUGGACCUGAACGCCGCAGAGUCGGGGGUCCAGCACAAGCCCUCUGCCCCCCAGGGUGGCCGGCUAACCAGCGAACCACAGCCCCAGAGGGAAGGCUGCGGCUGCUAAUGACCAAGCAAACAACCCCCCCUCCACCUUCCACCUUCCCUUUUCUUCCCUGUCUCCGUCUGUCCUGCCCUUCCCCUCAAAAACCCACCACCCGCUUGCCUCAUCCAUCCAUUGUGUGCGUUCAUCCUCCCUCAGUGCACCCGGAGCUGCAUGAGCGCAGGGCUGCGGAGCGAAGGACCGGGGGACGGAUAUUGACUUGGGCCAGACUGAGCUGGGCUGCGUGGAUGACAUCUCCCCUCCACCUCUUCUUCCUCCUCCUCCUCUUACUCCCCUCUCACUUGUCCCUUCCCCUGUUGCCGUCUCACUCCUCCUUCAACUCUUGUCAGUGUGUUUUCAUCCCGUAACGCUCCUCUUUUGCUUCCCCCCCCCCCAACCCUCCCGUCGUCGUAUCCCAGACACCGCCACACAUUACACGGGUUACUGACACUUUAGGUAGACGUAAUGUCCAUACGAUAAACCGAGACUGUUUUUUAUGUUUGGUUUUAUAGCUGUAUAUGACAUGUAAGCACUGCAACGCGUUUCAUCCACCACUCAUUAGCUCAGUAUGAAUCAGAUUCCAAAUUAUAUUCCCACUCUCCUGGCGCCUCUCCUGCAUGGUUUACUGUAGCCGAGCAAGCUUUUUCCAACAAGAUCCAACCCUGCGUCUGUGGUUUUUAAUCCUGUUUCCGCUGCUUGGCACAAAGCAAGUUCCUUUUGCCAGAUGUGGCUGCACAGAUGUUCUAAGCAGAGAGGGAGAGACGUUUAAAAUGCACCCACAGGGAAUUUGUGGGUGACUCCUCUCUCUCUCCUCCGAGAAAUCGUAGGAAGGAUUAUGGGAUGUUUUCCAGUUUAUCUGUGUGUUUUUGUGUAUGUCGGCGUGUUAAGAAGUUGGAUGGGUCCUUCCUUUCUGACACUUUGAGAAAAUCAUAAAAAAUAAUUUAAAAAAUAACGUGGCUUUCCAUUUUUUGGGGGAUGGAAAGAUACAUUCACAUCUGUUUCUUUGAACCAGCUCACCCAUUCCCUUUCAAACGCCUGAGCCCCGAAACUCCUCCCAGGUCCUCUCAACAGAAUCUGUCUUUACCAGCAUUGUCUUUGUCAUUGUUUGUUGCCUUACUAUAAUUCACGUUAUUACUCUUAAAUCUUAAUACUUUUUUCGCUGCACUCGGUUUCAAAUAAUUACGAUCUACACUGGAGGCUCACGUGGCCUGAAACCAUCUCACCACCUUAUUUUAUGUGUGGCUGAUCUGAAGAGCUGAUGUGUUCAUUAUGACAGUUGUGUACUACAACACCAAGCAGCAUGCCCCCCACCCCUUAAAAAAAUACAAUGAAUUUGUCAGAAUCCAAUAAUGUUUUCUUUUUUUUUUUUACUACAAUUGUUCUGUAUCAUAGUGAUUCCCUGAUUGAACAGCUGUAUAUAUCUCGCUUCUUAACUAUUUGGUGAUGACCUCGCUACUUGGGAUUUAGAAAUUUAUUUGCUGGCUCUGCCAAGAUCUGUACAGUUGACGUGCUAGUGGGUUGCCUGUAAUUCAUGCUUGGGAAAUUCUGUAACAUAGUUUCUAUUAAUAAAUGUAUGUAAAGGACAGACACCUAAACACACAUGCCCCCAACCACCCCUGUCUUCACACUACUGAACCUGCCGAUUGGUUGAGGGGAGAGGAAGUGGAUUGAGAUGUUAUUUAUGUCUACAACCUUUAUUCUUCUCGUUUCGGUACAAAAGGCAGGAUGGGGCACUUUCUAUGUUUAUAUAUAUUUUCUUUUCCCCCCACCAUCAUAGCUCCUCGACAUUACGAGGGGGCCCGCAUCGCUGUCUUAACUUUUUUUGGGGGGGGGGAGUGGGGAUUGGUUUGAUAUCGUGGGAAGUCGGUGGGGCCGGGUCUUCCUUUUUCCUGAGUCCCGCCUCUUUUCGCAGUCGGAGUGACCACUUCCUGCUUUUGUCUGUCCACAAGUAAAAGAAAAAAAAACGUACAUAUGUAUAAAUUUUUAAGGAGCUGUGCUAACAUUUAAAUGCGUUCUUGCGUGUAUAUGAUUUUAAAAUGUUGAGAUUUUGAUUUUAAUGAUAAAAUACUCUAGACAGAAAAAUAAAUUAUACAUAACCUGUU